GGGUGGCAGAAUCCCCACUCCAUUCACUCCUUUAAAUGCUAUCUAUCUCCUCUUCUUCCUUUCCCCUCUGUCUGUCGCUGCACACAUUGAAAGAGAGAGAGCGAGGUUUGCUUAGAAGACUUGGAAGCUUCAAGGCCUUCACUCGACCCAAAUGGGUGAAGAGAAGAAAGAGGAGAAGAAGGAGGAAAAGAAGGAAGAGAGCAAGGAAGCUGGGGAGAAGAAGGGUGAGAAGAGCAAGGAAGAAGCAGCUGAUGCUGCCCCUCCUCCUGAGAUUGUUCUCAAGGUCGAUAUGCAUUGCGAGGCCUGCGCUCGGAAGAUCGCCCGCGCAUUGAAAGGAUUCGAAGGGGUUGAGGAAGUGAGCACAGACAGCAAGAGCAGCAAAGUGGUGGUGAAAGGGAAGGCAGCCGACCCAGCAAAGGUGUUUGAACGUCUCCAGAAAAAAAGUGGCCGAAAGGUUGAGCUAAUCUCUCCCAUCCCUAAGCCCCCCGAGGAGAAGAGCAAUGAGGCCGAGAAUAAGGAGGAAAAUAAAGAACCCAAAGAGGAGAAAAAGGAAGAGCCUCCAGCUCCUAUCACGGUGGUUUUGAGUGUUCGAAUGCAUUGCGAAGCAUGCGCCCAGGUUUUACAGAAGCGCGUUCGGAAAAUCAAAGGUGUGGAAUCAGUGGAAACGGACCUAAGUAAUGACAAAGUGAUAGUGAAGGGCAUAUUCGAACCGCAAAUGCUUGUCUAUUACGUGAAGAAAAGGACCGGGAAGCAAGCAUCCAUAGUGAAGGAUGAGGAGAAGAAGGGAGAGGAAGAGAAGAAAGAAGAAAAGAAGGAAGGAGGAGAUCAAGACAAGAAAGGCGACGCACCGGAGGAAAAGAAAGACGAAGGAGAUCAAGAUGAAAAAAGCGACGAAGACAAGAACAAGACCGACAUCAAACGGAGCGAGUACUGGCCCUCCAAGUACUACAUGGAGUAUGCGUACGCCCCUCAGAUCUUCAGCGAUGAGAACCCGAACGCCUGCUCGGUGAUGUAGUGCCUUCUUCCGUAUGUAUGUAUGUAUUGUCCUCCCUGUCAAUCGCAGGUCCGCAAUUUUCCUUGUAUCUAUAUUCAACUCGGUGUGCUUAGUAAUAAUAAGAGUUCUGUUUUAGUCUAUAUAGCAAGAACUUGAAUUAACGGGUCGGGUGAUACUGCUUUUUACCGUCGUGUAAUUUGUGUUGGUAACUCUCGAACUUAUUAAUUUUAGUUUCUCCUUCUCCUA